AUGUCGUCUCCAACACACAACUGCUGUCAUCCAAAGCAACAACAGCCGCAAACGACAGCAGGAGAACUUGCGAGCGUCAUGCAGGAAUUGCGUCAACGAUUCAACAAACCGACGAACCCGAACGAUGUGCCAGUUCAGCCUGUGCAGAAGAAGGAGCAGAAAAAGCAGCGUAGCUAUCUUCAGAGAAGGAAUGCUUUUCGGAGGAAGUGUAAGAAGCGUUUAGGAUGUAAGAUCCAUUCACCAGCUAGUCUGUUUAAAUUAUUAUUUUUAGGGGACAUUUUCUCCAAGAUCGAGAUGUGCAGUGAGACAGAACUUCUCGACAACUGGAACAAAUUUCCAGAGGGGAAGUUGUGUGAUUGUUCAGAAAGAUUUCGCUUUUGGCCUGAUUGCUUUUAUUGCCGUCAGCAUACCAAAUCCUGCCCAUCCCUUUUCGUGUAUUCUCCUAAACUGAAGAAGCUUGCUGUUAAAAUGGAUCCCGAAACUCCGGAUUUCUUGAAAAACAAGUCCAAGCGGGAAGCCAUGGAGAAGCUUGAUGGUAAAGAGAAAUCGCCUAAGCACUGCGAUGAGGCCAUUGAUCAGCCUGCUUGCUCUGACCAACAUCUUGCCGAGCUCGACCCGAAGCAACAACAACUGCAAACGACAGCAGAUCUGACGAGUGUCAUGCUGGAAUUGCGUCAACGAUUCGACAAUCGGACGACCGCGAAGGAUGUGCCGACUCAAUCUGUGCAGAAGGAGGAGCAGAAAGAACAGCUUAGCUUCUUCCAAAGGAGGGAGGCUUUUUGGGAGGAGUGCCUAAAGCGUUUAGGAUGUAAGAUCCAUUCACUAACCAAUUUGUUUAAAGCCUUAUUAUUUUUAGGGGGUAUUAUCGAACGGAUCCAGAUGCGGAGCGCGGAAGAACUUCUCAACGACAGGAAGAUGUUUCCGAAGGAGGAGUGGUGUGAUCGUCCAAGCUCGCAAUAUAAUUGCUCUUAUGGCUGUCAGCAUACAAAAUCCUGCGAAGCUUUCUUCGAGUUUUCUCCUGAGUAUAUGAAACUACUUGCCGACCAAGAUGCUAUGAUGGGCUACAAACAUCCGACCUUCUCUGCAAAAUCCAAGAUGGAAACUGUGGGGAAGCACGAUGAUGAGGAACAAUGUAAGCUGUAA